AAAUAUACAAAGACAAUAAUAUCGCAAAAGAAAGGGAAGUUUAAUCAUCAAACAAUCUUAUUACACAAAGAAGAAAAGUAAGCAAUACAUUAUUCUUCUCUCAUCGGCGCCGAUCUCUUCCUCUGCCUUCUUCAGCUCGAUCUUCCUUUCCCUCUCAGGUUUGAAAUUGAGCUUAAGUAAUCAUGUUUGGUGUUGUUAGACGAAGGGUUGCUUAUGGAAGCACAUCUUCGUUGCUGAAAAUUCGGUCCGGCACAACUAGAGUUUCUUCUGUUCUCGAAAAAGAGGUUGCAUUAAGCUCAGGAGGAUGUGGGAAUAUCCGAAAUUUCUGUCAUAUAACACCUGGACGCUGGAUUAAUUCAAAACCUAUAAGGGACAUUUUUCAUCAAGAGGCUUCCAUUCAAACAUGGAAGCGUUCAUUUUCUUCAGAUAAUGGAGAUAAUGUUGAUGUUGUUGUCCCUCCAUUGGCUGAAUCCAUCGAGGAUGGGACUCUAGCAAAAUUUCUGAAGAGGCCUGGUGACAAGGUUAAUGUUGAUGAACCAAUUGCUCAAAUUGAAACAGAUAAGGUGACAAUCGAUGUUCCAAGUCCUGAGUCAGGUGUGAUUCUGAAGCUUCUAGCCAAUGAAGGGGAUACUGUUGCACCAGGUAACAAAAUAGCAAUCAUUUCAAGGUCUGCUGAUGCUACAACCCACGUUGCACCAUCUGAGACUUCACCUCAGAAACCUGCUCCUAAGCAAACCCCAAAGGCUAGUGAGCCAGAGGAGAAGAAAGCUCCUAAAGUUGAAACUACAACAGAGAAGCCUAAAACACCUGCUCCACAAAGCUCUCCAACUGAGCCACAGCUUCCUCCUAAGGAAAGAGAAAGACGAGUUCCUAUGACAAGGCUUCGGAAACGGGUUGCUCAACGGUUGAAGGAUUCCCAAAACACAUUUGCUAUGCUGACAACCUUCAAUGAAGUUGAUAUGACUAAUUUGAUGAAGCUCCGUGCUGAUUAUAAGGAUGCUUUCGUUGAAAAGCAUGGAGUCAAAUUGGGACUUAUGUCUGGGUUUAUCAAAGCUGCUGUCAAUGCACUUCAAUAUCAACCGAUUGUAAAUGCGGUCAUUGAUGGGGAUGAUAUUAUAUACAGAGAUUAUAUUGAUAUCAGCAUAGCUGUUGGAACUCCGAAGGGACUUGUUGUGCCUGUUAUCCGUGAUGCGGAUAAAAUGAACUUUGCAGAUAUAGAAAAACAGAUCAAUAUUUUUGCAAAGAAGGCUAAUGCUGGAACUUUAUCAAUUGAUGAGAUGGCUGGAGGCACUCUUACAAUAUCAAAUGGUGGUGUUUAUGGAAGUCUUUUGAGUACCCCUAUUAUCAACCCACCUCAGUCGGCAAUCUUGGGUAUGCAUUCGAUUGUGAGCCGUCCCGCAGUUGUUGGUGGAAAUGUUGUUCCAAGGCCAUUGAUGUACAUUGCUCUAACAUAUGACCAUAGAAUCAUUGAUGGAAGAGAGGCAGUGUUCUUUUUGAGACGUAUCAAAGAUACCGUGGAGGACCCUCGCAGGCUUUUGCUCGACAUAUAAAGUGAAUCUGAAAGUCAACGAAGUAAAUUAAACCUCUUAGAAUUCUAAGUAUCAUAAUUGGUACCCUUUUGUUUGGCCCUUGAAUUUGCGGCGUGAUUUACAGUAUUCAUUAAGCAAGCUCUUAGGAUCAAAUCUCAAGUGAUUUGACAUAAACUUAGCAUGUUUGUACUUCCCUUUCCCCUAUCCCUCUCAAACUAGAGGGUCGCAGUUUUUGGCUCAUAAAUUGUAUGAAACGACUACGAUGCAUAUUAUGGGAUUCUCCCUGAAGUAAUAAUGGGAUUUAAUUUCAUUGUA